AUGAAACGAAAUGUAAGUUUAUCCAUUCAGGCUUUACCGGUUAUGCAGAUCUUGAGGCUUAGAGAGGGUGUAUCCAUCACAGUGCCCAAGGAGAGCGAUUCUGCACGUUCCAGCACUUUGCUUGACCAAACCUUUGAAAUGCUUAUGAGACUGGCUGAGAAUUACACAAGCACGCUUUUCUGCAAUGCAUAUAGAAACAUGGCUGCUGAGGCUACUACGCGUGUUCAGGAGUUUUUCACAGAUGUUGGACUCUUCAUAUUUGGCACAGACGUUAGCACAGAGGAAUUUGUCAACAGAUUUUUUGACACCCUGUUCCCAGUAGUCUACAACCACGUGAUUAACCCUGGUCCGACUGACAUUUCACUGGAAUACGCAGAGUGCCUCCGAAUGGCGAGAAGAGACAUCAGGCCCUUUGGUAACGUUCCCAAAAAGGCCAUAGGACAGCUGGGAAGAUCACUGUUACCCAGCCGGGCUUUCUUGCAGGCUCUGAACUUGGGGAUCGAAGUGAUCAAUACAACAGAUCAUCUGCAUUUCUCUAAAGACUGCAGCAGAGCUCUACUGAGAAUGCAGUACUGCCCCCAUUGCCAAGGGCUGACUUUAAGUAAGCCCUGCAUGGGCUACUGCCUCAACGUCAUCCGAGGCUGCUUAGCUAACAUGGCAGAAGUUGACCUUCACUGGCGGGAAUAUAUUCGGUCCCUGGAGGAACUCUCAAGUGCCAUGAGUGGGACGUACGACGUUGAGCACGUGCUUCUAAACUUUCAUUCACUUGUUAAUGAGGCUCUCGUACAGUCUCGUACCAAUGGACCGGAAUUAUCUGAGCAGAUUUCACUGACAGUGAUACAUUCUGUGUUUAAUGCUGGAUUGGAUAUCUUGGUCUGGGGAGAUGCCUUUAGUUUUACAGUAUACGCAGGUCUAAACAGGGUGUCUGGGCGUCACUGUGGUGCAGCAUCAGCUGAG